GCCCGGAGCCCGGAUGAAAAGUAACGCCAUUUUCGCUGGAGUCCCCGAGAGCUCUCGCGGACGGCGACAGGGCACCGGACGGACCGCGCCAUGAGGCUCCUCCCUCGCCUGCUUCUGCUUCUCUUGCUCGUGUUCCCCGCCACCCUCUUGCUCCGAGGCGGCCGUGGAGGCUCAGUAGCAGCAGCUCAAGAUCUUACAGAAGAUGAAGAAACAGUGGAAGAUUCAAUAAUUGAAGAUGAAGAUGAUGAAGCAGAAGUGGAAGAAGAUGAACCAACAGAUUUGGCAGAAGAUAAAGAGGAAGAAGAUGUAUCUGGUGAACCUGAAGCUUCACCAAGUGCAGAUACAACUAUCCUAUUUGUGAAAGGAGAAGAUUUUCCAGCAAAUAACAUUGUGAAAUUCCUGGUAGGCUUUACAAACAAGGGCACAGAAGAUUUUAUUGUUGAAUCCCUAGAUGCCUCAUUCCGUUACCCGCAGGACUACCAGUUUUAUAUCCAGAAUUUCACAGCUCUUCCUCUGAACACUGUAGUCCCACCCCAGAGACAGGCAACUUUUGAGUACUCCUUCAUUCCUGCAGAGCCAAUGGGCGGACGACCCUUCGGUCUAGUCAUCAAUCUGAACUACAAAGAUUUGAACGGCAAUGUAUUUCAAGAUGCUGUCUUCAAUCAAACAGUUACAAUUAUUGAAAGAGAGGAUGGCUUAGAUGGAGAAACAAUCUUUAUGUAUAUGUUCCUUGCUGGUCUUGGGCUCUUGGUUGUUGUUGGCCUUCAUCAACUCCUGGAAUCUAGAAAGCGCAAGAGACCUGUACAGAAAGUAGAGAUGGGUACAACAAGUCAGAAUGAUGUUGACAUGAGUUGGAUUCCUCAGGAAACUUUGAAUCAGAUCAAUAAAGCUUCACCAAGAAGGUUGCCCAGGAAGCGGGCACAGAAGAGAUCAGUGGGAUCUGAUGAGUAAAUGUUCCUUUGUGCAACAAUUCAGUCUUUACUUAACCUGCCCUAAUGUUUUUCGGCCUCAUGGGAAUUAGUGCAGAGAAGCCAUAUCAUCAUAGAAGGCAACUACUACUUGUGUGUGGACUGAGCAAUCAGAGUCUGUGGCGAUAAUAUUUUUGAACGUGCACUGCAUUCAUUUUUCUAAAGUAACAAAUUUGUUUUUUAAACCAUUAAAAUCUAUGUGUGUGUGUGUGUGUAUGUGAGCAGUUGGUCUUACCAGAAUCAUCGUUGAACUCCCUGAAGCAUGCCUUUAGAAUACUGAAUAUGUUAAUUGCCUUUCUUGUUGACAUUUUCUCCCCAAAGUCCUUAUUUAUCCAAGAUGAUUAUAGAUGUCCUACGUUGGACUGUUCAAAGAAAACAAUUUUUUUCCUCCUUAGAGUCCAAUUGAUAGAACAAAUUAGCAUUUGGUUGUUAUCGUUGCUGUUUUACAACUAGUAUUCUAAAGGUACAAGCAGGAGCAGCUGCUUUUUAGCAAUAGAGUUUUGGUACUUUGCUUCUGUUUAUUAUAAUAUGCACCUUAGAACACUUCCCAAAUGAGUUCAAGGGAUCUCUAGCAACAAAAUUGUGAAACAUGAAAAUUCUGUUGAUUUUGGUAUAAAAUCCACCCCACUCUUUCUUUAUCAAAAAGAAAAUGGUGUGCUUGUGGAAACUGAGUUGUUGUGUUGACCAUUAUUCUAUUUCUUACCCGAGGCAUUGCUCUGGAAUGAUUGUAGACCUACGUAGUUCUUUUUUGAAGAGAUCAUCUGUUUCUCCUUAGUAGAAGUAUUUUACUUAAGAAAAGUUGCCUUAACUACAGACCAAGCAGAAGGCCAAUUUAUAAGGGCAGAGAUAUAUUCCAACUAAUUCUAAUUUGUUUUAAGAACAUUUAGUUUGGUAUUUUUUAGAUGGUUAAUCAAUUGUUUUUUAUCUAAUCUUUUUGGUAUUUUGGUUGUUGAUAAAACCUUUUUUUUUUAGUUCAUCUGAAGAAUUCCAAACUUUUAAGCACUCAGUAUCUAAAAACCAAAAUUAAAUUGGACUUCAUAAAAUUCACUUAGAGAGUUACUCUUGCCCUAGGUAUUAAGUUUGGCAUCAUUGUUAGACUAGAUAAAGGGUAAAGUAUAAUAGAAGGAACACAUAAGAGACUUUUCCCCUCUAUCUUUAAGCCAUAUUCUUCCGUGUAUAUUUUGUAAGGAAAUGGUAUGUGAAAUUUUAGUGGCUGUUCAAUUCCUGAUUGUCUUCAUUAUAAUGAACUGACCACUCCCCACCUGUACCCAUGCCCACACAAAACAAUGAAAAGAGACAAAACACACACACAAAAUCUUUCCAAGUUGUUUAAGUAUUUAAACAUCGGAGCCAAAGUCAAUGACAAAAUAGAAGUCAUUGUAUAGUUAUUAAUCACAUUGCAAGUAGCGGUGAAGGUGUCAAAUUAUUUGUGUUGGCAUUGCUGCACUAUAAACUUCUAUACCUGUAAUAUAAAGUGUUUGAGUUUUUAAUUGGGCUGAAAAAUCAGUUUAUUUUGAAAAAGCUCUAUGAACUCUAAGAGACUGCAUGGUUUUUUUGCUAAAUGUAAUAAGGAGGCCCUUCCAACUUCUCAAGGAAUGUAUUCCCAGAUAUUUUUUGUGAGCAUCCCAAGUUUGUGAAACUACUAGAACAUAAUGCAGUGAGGUGUGAUUACAGAAUUUAAAUGACCUCUAGAGAAUUUUAUCAACAACCUGGUAAUGCUGAGAGAGUGGCAAAACCACUCUGACUGCCAGGUGCCACCCCUUGUAACCCCUAAGUAAUUUGCCUUACAUACUAGCUCAUCCUUUUCUGAGGUUCAAGUUCGUGCCUCAGAAAUUAUUUGUCAUGUUUUAUUUUUUUAGCAUAGGUUAGGAACACUUGAAAACUCAGGUGCUGGGACGUCUUCUCUAGUAUCAGUAAGUGUUUAGCAGGAACUAACUCUGUAAUAAAUGGAAUUCAAUUCCACACAUGGUUUGUUCAAGCACACUUAAUAAGUAGUCUAUUUUUUAAAUGUAAAUAUUUGGAUGAAGUUUUUGUUUGUUUUGAAAUAUUCAUUUGCUACAUUAACCAUGGUUUCAGAAUUUACCAUUUGAACAGUUUGGUUUCAGAAUCUGUAAAAUGAACUAAGAAUCUUGUGUAUCAAUUCAGACAUGUGAGAAUAUGUGUUUAUAAAGCGUGGAUCUUGC